AAAAAAAGUAUAUCCAUCGAUUGAUAUGCCGGUUGGGUUGCUUAGUCACUCGGUUGGGCAAUUAGUCGUCCGUAAAGUAACUCGUGUAUGGGAUAAACGAACGGCUCGAUUAAAAUAUGAUAAGCAUUAAUCGAAUUUCGACAACAGAGAUUCGUCCAAAAUUCGUUCCCCGAUUUUAUCACACGAAAAGAGAAGGGCGGGGAGGAAAUUCGCGCGCAACUUCACGCACAAAAUCGAAAAUUCUCAAGUAUUUGAUAACCUAGAUAAACCCGAAUCGCGCAACAUGUGGAUAAAUUUCAAUUAUGAUCGGAUUGUACCUUCUAGACAUUUACGUGGAGCAGUUGAUGCUGAACAAAGACGUUUACAUAGACACGAACGGGGCGAAGCUCGUCGUGAAAGUUGCCUUCAUUAAUUUCCCACCGACCGAGGUCAACGAGCGCGAACGCUCGUUGAAAAAUGAGACGAUUUACGUUUACGGAUUCAGAUGCGGCCAGGCCAUACACUUCUCCAUGCCUACCGAGGAGCUUGUCAACAAAAUGAAGAAGGCGUUGUUGAAGAUCGGUAUUUUCAAAGUGAACGACACCUAUCCCAUUUGCCACAUCUUCACCCAUCUGAGCGGCUGCGCCUGCGACAUGGCGAAGGUGCCGAUCAAAGACCCAACGCCGUACGUGUUCAGAGGGCCGUUCGAGCUGUUGGAUCCCGGGAACAACUUCGCCGGCCAACUGGACGUCGACAUCACGGUCAGAAACUUGGGAAGGUAUUUAUACCGAGUUGUCCGCCCGCGACCCACUUUGCUCCAACUUACCUCGCGCAGGGCGCUGGUGACGCCGUACGUGCUGGCCCCGAAGUGCUUCGUGUUCAAGAACGAGCCGGAUGGGCCGGAGUUCAGGUGCCAGUCGUCGAGGAUGGGCGGCGGGACGGACGGCGGGCCAUCGUCGCCGAGCGUGGAGAACACGGUGAGGGAGGAUUUGCUGGACAAGGGCCCGGCCGGGAACAUGAUGGCCGACGUGGCCGCCAUCUCCCCCGCGGCGCCUCGCCUGGCCCUUGGAAGCCCGCCGCCUAAACUGCCCAGGCCACCCUUGGUAGACCCGACCCUGGUCAAAAAGAAGCCCAAGAAGGGUAAAAAGAAGAAGAAGAAGUGAACCGGCUCUCUCUUUCUCUCUUCCCUUAAACAUAUUUCAGAUUCACGAAUAAUAGCAGAAGCUACGCUUGCUCUUGGAUCCUUCGAAUUUCGCGAUUGUUAAUGAAACGAUAGGAUGAAACCGUUUCCACGCGUGGAUGUAUAAGAGAGAGCAUCGGCGCAUGCUCGAGGCUGAAAAGCGGUUAACGGCGCAUAAAGGGAGAGGGGAGGGGAGGAGGAUCUUUCUCACGAGGAGGAGAUGUUGGCGACGACACGAUUAUGAUUUAUGCCGAAUGGAAUCGAGCCUGAUUUACGAGAGCGUAAUGCUCUUUUAGCUGUGAGGGGUGUAUUGGAACUCGACCAUUCCCGAAAUCGAACGAAGCGUUUCCCAUUCGACCCGCCAUUGUCCAUCCUCCUUCGAUCGAUAAUCGAGUUCCAUCGAAAAUAAUUGGAAAGGAAUUGAUAAUAUCCACCGAGUAAUUAUUCGUUUCUCCUGAUUUUUAUUAUAUUUUCGGGUAUCGAGAUGCGAAAAGAAUUACGUGGCAUUCAAAUUUUCAACUCGAUCGAGUUAUAUUGGCAUCCAAGUUAAUUCGAACGUCGAGUUAAAGCGACUCGUUACACUUAAAAAAAAAAAAAGAAAAAGAAAAAGGAAUUCCUAUGCUUUUUCCCAUACUAUUCCGAUACUUUUAAAAUUGAAUAAUAGUUUUACUUAUGAUUCUAAAAAAAGAAGAAAAAAACACUAAUUUUGUUUUCUCAACGAAAAGGGGAUUACUGGUUGGUCACGAGUAUAAAACGACUGUAGAUAAAACAGCGUGGAACAGCGUACAGCGUCGUCCCACGAAUAACUGUCGGCUACUUAUUAUUAUUUAUUUUCCACGGUGGGAGGAGCGAGCGAGUUUCGAAAGCGCCUCGCGUGCAUCGAUUUGACUUAGCCUCACGGUUACCGGUAUCCAGUAACGACUUCCUGUCGUAGUUGCCUCGUAGUUGCAACCACCUGUAUAUACAGGGUGUGUCCGCAGUGAAUUUACUCGGCCAACGACAACGCCGAUUUCUUUCUGCUUCCUUCUCCUUCUCGGGAAAGAAAUCGAGAAAAAUAAGAAAAAAGAAAGAGAGAAAGAAAGGAAAAAUUACGAGGCGGAUAUGAUUCUCAAUAUCUCGGCGGAGAGAGGUUAGGAACGUGUUCGGAUGGUGAAAAAGCGAAAUUUAAGACGGUUAAACAGAGUUUAAAUGGGCGCACGUGCGUUUUCUGUUUGAGUUUUAUUAGCAAGGGACACGGUGAAAUUUGUUUCCUAGGAGGUUAAUCGAUUACUCGCGUAACACGUGAAAUACGCACGAUAUGCGGAAAUGAAUUAUUAAUGCGACACGUGACCGCGACGCGCUAGUGCUCUCCACGGCGGAGGCGGAAGUCUGGGAAUAAAUUAACCCAAGAAUCCCGCUCAACCCUGAUUUAUUUUAUCAAUGAUAAUCGCGCUUUGAUUAAACAUUUUUAUCCUUUUAUACGUACUUCCUCGAGGAGAAAUCGAUAGGUAUUUAUAUCGAGAUGUAACAAAUAAAUUUUCGUUUCAUUCUAGAUAAUAAAUUAACUCGCCGAUAUUUCCAGUAAAUGUUCCAAAUAAAGUGCACACUGAAAAUUU